CGAGGGAGGGCGAGGCGGGGGCCGCAGCAGCACCAUGGAGAGCGGCGCCGCCGGGCGCCUGGACGCCGCCGCCUUCCUCGGGGCCUGGCGGCGCUUCGACGCCGACGACAAUGGUUACAUAGAAGGGAAGGAGCUUGACGAUUUUUUUCAUCAUCUCCUGGAGAAACUGGGACCAGAAAGCACCAUCACAGAAGAAGAAGUUCAGAGGAUGAAGGAGCAAUUCAUGUCUGUCUACGAUGUCACCACAGAUGGACGCUUACAAAUCCAGGAGCUUGCAAAUAUGAUCUUGCCGGAUGAUGAGAACUUCCUACUGCUUUUCCGACGGGAAACUCCCUUGGACAACAGCGUGGAAUUCAUGAGGAUCUGGCGCAGUUACGAUGCUGACAGCAGUGGAUUUAUUUCAGCUGGUGAACUCAAAGAUUUCCUGCGAGAUCUCUUUUUACAGCAUAACAAGAUGGUUGCUGAAGUAAAACUGGAAGAAUAUACUGAUACUAUGAUGAAAAUCUUUGACAAAAACAAAGAUGGACGACUGGACCUGAAUGACCUGGCAAGGAUUCUGGCACUCCAGGAAAAUUUUCUUCUACAAUUCAAGAUGGAUGCUUGCAGCACAGAAGAAAGGAGGAGAGAUUUUGAGAAGAUCUUUGCACACUAUGAUGUUAGUAAAACAGGAGCACUUGAAGGCCCAGAAGUGGAUGGGUUUGUCAAAGACAUGAUGGAACUGGUCAAGCCCAGCAUUAGUGGGGUGGACCUGGACAAGUUCCGUCAGAUCCUGCUCAACCACUGCGAUGUGAACAAGGAUGGAAAAAUUCAGAAAUCUGAACUAGCUUUGUGUCUCGGGCUGAAAAUUAACCCAUAGCUGGGAAAGUGCUUGUGCUUGUGUUUUCCUUGAAAGAUUUGCCUGCUUCUCCUUAUAGAAGUGUGUUCUGUGCUGCUGUGGGAGCGGUGGGGAGCUGAGGCACCAUGCUGCCAGGCUGGAGAAUCGUAUUUGCUCAGUGGCCUCCUUGCUCCACCAGCUCCUUUGUGAUGUCUGCUUGCUGCUGCCUCUUGUGGGUCCCCUUAGCAAUGUUUGCCCACCAGCCGAUGAGCUGCUCAGAAGAGAGGUUGCUGUUAUUCUGCUUCAUGAAAUGCUGCCCUGCCCAUUCUCUUAGGAUAGAACAGCAUCUCCUCAAAAACAUCCCCUCAGUGCUGUCAGAGUGCAGGUACUUAGAUGUUUCUGGUGGUCAUUUUAUAGGUGUAAAGUCAUUACUUUGGUGAACAUUGUGCCUUGUGCAUUUAAAAUACUGGAUGGAUGACAGUGUAUUUGUGCAGAAAUAAAAUGGCAAUUACAGAAAUUCAGUAA